UCCUAUUUGAAAAGCUAUAAAAUGAGCGCUGAAACAGAAAGUGUUUCAUUCACAUCCUGAUCGAAGAUGGAUCUGCAAGUCUCAGCUUUUCUUCUGUUCCUUCUUUUCACUGCAGGACACUCUUUCAGCUGUUAUGAGUGUAUGGGUCUGACGGGGUCUUGUUCAGGUCAGACGGUAAAAACAUGUCCCAGUGGAUCUUACAAGUGCAUGAGUGCAACAUCUGUGGUACAAGCUGGUGACAUCAACGGUAAAACAAAGAUUAAAACCUGUAUUGCUGACUGUCCAAGUGGAUCCUUCAACUUUGGUUUAGUAAAAACAUCUUAUGCGUGCUGUAACACAGACCAGUGUAACGUCCAAGACGCUCCAGAUCCUUCCAAUGUCCCCAAUGGAAAAACGUGUUACUACUGUGAUGAGAAGAGCUGCUCAAACAUACUAAAGUGUUCAGGCAAUGAAGACCGCUGCAUUAAAGCAUCCGGGACUUUCGGUGGCCAGUCAAUGGUUGUAAAAGGCUGUGUCUCUAAAUCUAUCUGUGAUGCUGGAUCCUCGGUUAGCGAUGUUCAGGGAGUCUCAUGCUGUUCAGGGAAUCUGUGUAACGGUGUUCAGAGCGUCUCUCAGAGCUUCCUGUUCCUCUGCUGUUCUCUGCUCUCCUUCAUCCUGCUGCACUGAAUCCAGCAGAUCUUCACAUCUACAAUCAGACACACUGCACUGAAUAUAGAGCUUAUACUUUCUCCAUAUAAUGCAUCUUUUGUGUCCUUUUUUUUUUUUUUUUUUGAUGUGACAUUUUUUUUUAAAUAAAAUACUACAUUACCUCU